CGGCGCUAGAGUUCUGUUUAUACAGGCCAUGACGCCGGACCGCCCAGUGACGUCAGUACCAUGGCAACAAGAUGUUGACCAACAGACUGACCCAUGAAAGUUCAGCAGUCUGUGUGCGCAGUGGAGAUGGGGGAGGGGUGUGUGAGAGCAGAUCCUGGCUGUAUGAAGUUUCCCGGUUCCUCCUCCAUUCCGACCAAAUACCAAACUGUGAUCAUCAGUAAUGUGGAGAGGAAAGGCUUCAGCUCCCAGGCCAAGCGUUUCACACCCUCUAUAAAUGAGAAUCCCGCCCCAGGCUCGUAUUUGUCCCACACGUCCGCUGACUCCUGCAGUCCAUCCUACUCCAUGAAAGGAACCGGAAGCUUUGCGUCAAAGGCUUUCAGAACCAGCCGUAAACCACAGACACAUACAUCUCCGGCCCCCAACAUCUAUAACCUGCAGAGCUCGCUGCUUCGACAGCACGAUUUCAACAGGGACGUUUCCAGAACCUUCCACCUGCCCAUCGCUGUUCAGACUCCAAACACUCACCAGAAAUCACCAGCACCAAACCAGUACAACGUGUGUUACAGUGGAGUGGAGGUGAACUCAGUCGUAUCAGCUCAGGCUGCUUUUCUGUCUAAAACAAAACGCAGUGAUGUUUAUCCUUCUGCAGCAAAAGGACCGUCUCCAUGUCACUACAACGUGAAGGACGCAGUGAUACAGAAAUCCCCUAAAAUACCGUUGUCCUGCUUCAAGUCCACUUCAUCCAGGAUUCAGACUUCGGUAAGGAGUGAAGGCCCGGGUCCAGGAUCGUACAGUCCUUAUAAUCCUCCAGAACCUGUCACGAGGACCAUCAUACCGAGAAGGCAUUACUUAGGCCUCUCAGCUCCUCCUCUGAUUCCUCCUAAAGACCCCCCACUGCCUGGACCGGGUCAGUAUGACAUUGUGAACUACACCAAACCUCCUAAACACCUCAUGGCCAGCGCUGUGUUCCUGUCCAACACACGCAGACAGCCACACCACACCAGAGGACAUGGCGUGCCAGGGCCAGGCUCCUAUGAGCCAGACGUCCCUACAAAGCGCUCGUUCCUAUACAAUCACGCCAACAUGUGGAUCCCGGCGUAGAGACAAGCUUUCAGGAGAAAGACAUUACAGCACUGCAGUCCCUGUUUAUGGGAUACAGACUUUACAGAAAAGACUUCAAAACAAAAUUUUAGAGCUGUAUAUGACCAUGUUCCAUAAACAUAUUACACAUCAAAA